CUCGCAAGCUUACAGUGGAUUAGUCCAGUUUCUAAUCCUUUACUGCUCUCUUUCACUUUCUCUCUGUGUGGCAAAUGAUGGCUCAUUACGUUGUGGCAUUAUCGCUGCUAUUGGUGGUGGCCAGUUGCUCGUCGGUUCUCAGCGCACCCGAUGAGGAGCGCUAUGUGUCCAAGGAUUACAAUCGAGAUCUGUACGAUUGGCUAACUGCAACACGCUAUGCUGUGGCCGGACAACCCUAUAAAUAUCCCUACUAUUUGGGCAACUCGGUGGCCAGCAAUAUGCGGUUGCCAAAGAGGAACUCGGAGCUAAUUAAUUCGCUGCUCAGUUUGCCCAAGAACAUGAACGAGGCGGGCAAGUGACGAGCUGUGUGGAUAUUGGAUUUAAACUGGAGUCCGACUAAUACCGAUUAAUUAUGACUUAGAGAAGAAAGACACUAUUUAGAAAAACAAAGAGUACAUACAUAUAUCGCUUUAGAAGUACUAUCUAUUAAAAAUUAUAUAUUAAAUGAAAUGUGUAUAACAAAAACACGACACUUUAUUCUAAACU